CUAUAAGACCUAUAUAUCAUGGUGGGCUCCACGGAGCUUUUUCCAGCGACGAACAGUACGGAGCUGGAGCUGGGGGGUCACCGCAGAAUCCGAGUCCGGAUAUAGAAUCACCUCAGCCUUUCCUCUGUAUAAAAUGGUACAGGCUCCAAGCAUUCACUCGAAAUUCAAGUCCGAUCAGUAUCACGAGAAAAAAAUUUAAAAAUAAAUAAAUAAAUGGGAUCUGACGGUGGUGAACCAGACACUCAAAUCCAAUCUGCAACCCAAGGAAACAUAGGAUCCCAAGGUGGUCCACGAGACACUGAAAUUCGUAUUGAAUUUCCGCCUGGCAAUGAAGAGCUGCAUGAUAUCAAGGAGGAGAUGCUCGACUUCGCCACGAGUAACGAGUGGGUGGAACUGCUGGAACUGUGCAAGGAGAACCCGGACGUACGAGAAGCUCAGAUCACCCCCUCGGGUGACACAGCAUUGCACCUCGCUAUCUUUGCCAACAGAAUUGAUUUUGUGGAGGGUUUCUUAAAACUUGAUACUGAAAUCAAGUUGGGGAAUAUGGUAGAUGGGUGGAACAACACACCGCUCCAUGUAGCGGCGGCCCAAGGAAGGGUCAAGAUGUGCCGGUUGAUGGCCAGCAUCGAUCCAAUGCUGAUCAAAGCGCCGAACAAGGGCGGUGAGACACCUCUCUUCUCGGCCGUUCUCCAUGGAAAGACUAGUGCCUUUGUAGAGCUUCAUAGGAAGCUAUCUGAAAGUGGUGGCCAUGAUUCCAGGGACAUCAGAUAUUGUAUGAAUAGAGAUAAGACCACCAUUCUUCAUAGCGCUAUCAUUGGGGAAUUCUAUGAUUUGGCACACAUGAUAUUUCAAGGGUACCCAUACCUUGUUAGGUGUUAUAAUGAUGAAGGGGAAUCAUGUCUCCAUCUUCUAGCCAACCAGCCUUCUUCCUUCAUAAGCGGAUAUAACUUGGGACCAAUAGAAUAUCUCAUUUAUCAUUGCUUGGGAGCAAUAGAAUAUCUCGUUCAUCAUGGUGGGAGCUGCAUUCCAGACUUACACAACUUCAAUAUAAUAGAUGAAGAAAAAUCAGAAGGUAAAGGAGGAAUGCAAAGUGAGAGGAAUGACUCCUUAAUUUGGAGACUACUGGAGAUCUUACUAGUUAUUUCCACAUUACGGUGGUGGUGCCAAAAAGUAUGUAAAACCAUGGAGAUGAAACGAAAGCAUGAACGGGCACAUGUGGUCAUGGAAGAACUUGUGAAAGAAUGUAAGCGUAAGUACAAACAUAUACUGACGCGCUCUUUCUCUGAAAACGACAAAUCAUCGGAAUCAACCAAACCAAAAGAGGAACAUGUUACCACAAGUGAUAAAUCUCCUCCCGCAGAAAAUGAGAAACAAAUUGGUAACACGGGUGUGUUGGCGUUAAUGGAGAAAAUUCUCAACACUGCUCCAGAAACAACGAAAGUGCUGGAAGGUAGUAGAAAAAAUGUUGUGUCUGUGAAAAUGCAUAGUACUCAGCCAAAUGACUACAAGCUUACAAUGGCCAUGGAGGAAGAGAGUAAAGAAGGAGAAGAUAAACACGAGACUCCAAUCUUAGUCGCUGCAAGGAUGGGAGUGAAAGAGAUGGUGCAAACUAUUCUGAAAUUGUAUCCUAUGGCCAUUCAACUCAUCAAUCCAAAGGGCAAGAAUGUUGUCUUACUGGCAGUCGAGAAUAGGCAACCGAACGUGUACAAGUUCUUACUAGAUAAAUACUACAACGAAAGGGUGUUUAAUAUGAUAGACUAUGAUGGUAACACUGCCUUACACCUUGCGGCAAGAUAUGGGAAAAAUCGGCCAUGGCUUAUUCAUGGUGCAGCACUACAAUUGCAAUGGGAGAUCAAGUGGUACAAGUCUGUCGGAGACAAAGUGAACCACCAUUUUUAUACGCGGAAAAAUAAGGAGGACCAGAUACCGAAGGAAGUCUUCACGGAGACGCAUGAAGAUUUGGUCAAGGAAGGCAGCACAUGGCUAAUUAAUACAUCUCAGUCAUGCUCCAUCAUUGCCGCGCUCAUCGCUACAGUGGCUUUUGCCACAUCUGCCACCGUGCCAGGUGGCUUGAGGCAAGAUAAAGGCGAACCCGUGUUGGAAGGGCAGCCUAUAUUUGAUGUCUUUGCCAUCACUUCUUUGGUUGCGCUGUGCUUCUCCAUUACCUCCCUGACUAUCUUCCUGACAAUUCUCACUUCGCGAUACCGAGAGUCGGAUUUCGAGAGUGUCUUGCCCUGGAGAUUGAUUUUUGGCCUCACCACUCUCUUCCUCUCACUUGCUACCAUGUUGGUUUCCUUCUGCGCUGGUCAUUUCUUUGUGCUCAAGAAGGAGCUGAAGCUUGCUGCCCUUCCAGUCUAUGUGGUUGCCUGCUUUCCCAUUACAAUAUUCGCUUUUAUACAAUUUCCGCUCUAUUUCGAUCUCUGUAAGUCUACCUUUACACAUACACCUAAACGCACAUACGAGUUGACUUCUCUCUAGUCUCUCUCUCAUGAUCAUUUCCUUCUCUUGAGCUUGGAAGGAUAGACUGUGUUCUACUCAUAUAUACUUUGAUUGAUUGGGCUAUGUACGUAUUGAAAUAUGACCUUUGGUUUUAAAGUUUAUAAGAUAUGAAAUAUAUGCUUCUACCUAAGUGUUA